AUGACUGAUGAUGAACCAAUUGAUGGAUUCAUAUCCAAGAUCAGUGAACUUGCCAGUGAAGCUUCGGUUCUUGGAAAGAAAUAUGAUGAGAAGGACUUGGUGAAAAAGCUGUUAAGAUGUCUGCCUCCACGGUUUGAAGCUUACAAGGCAGUACUGGAUAUAGCUGUCAAUACAGAUGAAAUGAAAUUUGAUCAAUUGUCUGGUAUCUUGAAGGUUCAUGACCUGGAGAAAUCCAAUCGAACUACAAAUUCUCAAAAGAGCAUCGCCUUUGUAUCUGACUCAAACGAACAGGACCGAGUCACAAAGAUAGAAGAAAACUUGGGGCUUAUGGCUCGAAACUUCAACAAAUUCAUUAAGCGAAUGGAUAAAGGAGGGAACAGAUCAAACUCACGAUUUCAGAGGAACAACUCAGAUCAAAGCAACUCUCAAAACACCAGGCAAGACUCAAAGAACUCUAAGAAGAAGGAGUUAAAAUGUCAUGAGUGUGAAGGGUAUGGACACUUUCGCAAUGAGUGUCCACUAGCUAAACGCAAAGAGCUCAAGUGUAUUGACUGCAAGGGCUUUGGACACACUCGAAGUGAAUGUCCCAAUAAUCUGAAAAAGGAUAAGUCACUUAUGUGUUUCAGUGAUACAGAGUCGGAGAGUGACAGCGACAGAGAUGAGCUUCAUCUAAACUUUAUGGCACUGGUCAGCAAAGAAGAAGAACCAAAACUAGAUUCAGGCGUGGAAGAGGAUGAAGAUGAUCUCAACAACGAUCUUGAAUCAGAAUACAAGUCUCUGUUCGACAAGUUUGCUGAACUCAGUCAUGAGAAUCUACAACUACUAAAAGAUAAGGCAAUGCUGAAAGCUCAGGUGAAUAUUCUAGAAUUGGAGAAACCCUCUGAACAAGCUACUGAGUUGUCUAUCCUCAAGAACUCAGACCAAGAACUGCUAUCAUUGAAACGAGCGAUGACUGAACAAGAGAGGGUUCAAAAGCAGUUUGAGCUGAAGAUGAAUUGUCUGAAUGAUCCACUAACCAAGGAGAUGGACAAGAGCAAAUUACUUGAGAAUCAACUCGCUGAAAAUCUCAAGAAAGUAAGAAUGCUCACGACUGGUACAACAACUCUAGAUCAACUUCUCACCAUUGGUCAGUGUCCUAGCAGUAACUGGGGAUUAGGUUUUCAAGGAGGCACUUCCAAAUCUGCGGAAGAAACAGUGUUCGUGAAAGGGAGUUCGAAUGAAAAAGAAAUUCAAACCACGACGAAGGUGCAGAUUAAUAAUCAGAAAGGAGAGAACCUAAAGAAGACUGCUGCUACACGACGAGGAAAUGGAUGCCACUUCUGUGGAAAGCGUGGUCAUAAUGUCAGAGUUUGCUUCUUUCGAAAAAUUCAGUAUCAACGUGCAUGGAGGAUGAAUCUUUGCUUUAUGGAACCAUCACUGUAUGGUCAUGUGUGGAUAGCUAAGAAGGAUCUGUACCCAAACUACAAGCAGAGAGCCUUGACUGUUGCACACAGUGAGAAGUCUGAAAUACGCACUAAUGCAGAGCAACCCAUCAUCUGCAACUUCGCGACCCUAUCCAUUGGAACUGAGCUGGUAAGCAACGUUGCUUACACAAGUUCUGAUUCUAACUCACAGUUUGAUACUCCCUUGGAUUUCUUUGAGAAACUUGAGUUUAUCAAAGGAGGCAAAGUGACCUUUGGUGAUGGAGGACAAGGAAAGAUACGAGGAGUUGGGGAACUGGACAGGUCUGUCUUACCUAAGCUUGUUAAUGUCUUCUAUGUGGAUGGUCUUAAAGCAAAUCUCAUCAGUGUCAGUCAAUUGUGUGAUGAGGGGUUAGAAAAUAUCUUCAACAGCAAAGAAUGUCGAGCUGUUGAUGCUAAAGGGAACGUUGUUCUAUGUGGAGUAAGGUCAGGAAAUAACUGUUACAUGUGGAAGCCGUCACACCUAUGCUACUCAGCUAAGGAGUCUAAAUUGGAUCUGUGGCACAAGAAGCUCGGACAUAUGAAUACUAAUGGUCUGACCCGGCUAAUUAACUCUCAAGUUGUUAGGGGAAUUCCAGAGCUUGAAAAACAAACCGAUACAGUGUGUGGAGGGUGCUGUCAAGAUCAACAAGCUCGAGUCACUCAGAAGAUUGAGUGUGUCACACCACCAGCUGAAGCAUCCUCUGACGUAAGGGUCAAAGAAGAGUCAGAAGAAGAGGACGAAUAG